GUUCCUCCUUGCUGCAAUGGCGGAUGUGUCAGAGAGGACGCUGCAGGUGUCCGUGCUAGUGGCUUUCGCCUCUGGAGUGGUCCUCGGCUGGCAGGCGAAUCGGCUGCGGAGGCGUUACCUGGACUGGAGGAAGCGGAGGCUGCAAGACAAGCUGGCGACAACUCAGAAGAAGCUGGACCUGGCCUGAGCGCGCGCGGCGUCCCAAGCCCUCUGGGUCCUCACUCCCCAAGUCCCACGCGGCCCGGAUCCGCUUGUCGAAGAUGGAUAAAAAGCACUGGAAAGAAAGCAUUUCUUCUUGCACUUUAUGAAUCUAUUUUUAAAAUAAAAAGAUUAAACAACCUUGAAUCUUUUCCCUCCUCCCAGAGGAAAUGAAUAUUUUGCCUACCAUUCAGUUUGCUGCAGCAAAAGAUCUGGAGCCUGAAAGUAGAGGCCUUAAGGAAUCUUUCACAUCCUCGGUACAGCCUGGAGGCAGCUCUGACCCAGGAACCAUUCUGUGUUCUUUUUCUAGAUGUAGUCAGAAAAGAUAGGAGCUAUGGCAGAUGACUGAAGUAAAGAUUAUAGAUAUUUGCACUUUGAAGAAUGAACAUUUAAGAUAUUUAAGAAUAAACAUUUAAGAUAUUUUCACUUUGAAGAAUGAAAGUUUACUGCAAAUGUUGAGUGUAAAAACUAUGUCUAAACGUGGAAUGUAUGUAUAAAAGAGAAACCUUUGAGUAGAGCUUAAUGAUAAACGCCAGUCAUAACGAGUGCCCAAGUUCCAGGCUGUUUAUUUAUAAGAUGCAUCUCUGAUGUGCUGUCCUCAUUUUUAAGAAAAUCAGUUUUGAGGUAACCCAGACCCAGAAAGACAAUUAUCAUAUGUACUCAUAAGUGGUUUUUAAACAAAGCAAAGAAAACCAGCCCAUAAAUCACAACCCCAGAGAACCUAGACAACAAAGAGGACCCUAAGAUACACAUAAGUGGAUCUAAUCUACAUGGGAAGUAGAAAAAGACAAGAUCUCCUGAGUAAAUUGGGAGCA